GAUAAUGGUGGAUAAUGGUGGUAUCUUUGGAAAAGAAGAAGGAACAUCGACCUGUUUAUCAACUUAUUAUACACUGACUUAUCUAUGCUUCCAACUUUAUAUGUUCUUUUUAUUUUUCUCAACUUUUUUCUCUUUAUGAACAUUUUUUUAUUGCCUAUUCGUACAUCAGCUGUGCAAUUUGCCCAUAUAAACCCUGAUAUUGAAUCUUAAAAUGAUACAAAUACUUACCAGGGAGCCAUCCGUUAUUUUCUUAGUUCUUUGACUCCUCUAACAUGUCUGGUUUUUCUGCUACUUCCAGUAAUCAGAGUGCUCUACAGAAGCAUGUAGCGUUCUUCGAUAGAAACAAAGAUGGUGUAAUAUAUCCAUGGGAAACAUUUCAAGGGUGUCGUGCAAUUGGAUUGGGUAUAGGACUAUCAACUCUUGCUGCUGUUCUAAUCAAUAUGGGUCUCAGUAGAAAAACUCGUCCAGGUAAAUUUCCUAAUCUUCUUUUUCCGAUUGAGGUACAAAAUAUUGUCAAUUGUAAGCAUACCAGCGAUUGUGGUGUUUACGAUGCUGAAGGAAACUUCGACCCUGCAAAGUUUGAAGAGAUGUUUCACAAGCAUUCACAUGCUAAUGCAAAUCCUUUAACAACCGAUGAGUUAUCAGGUAUGCUGAAAGCCAACCGAAUUCAUAAAGACUACCAUGGAUGGAUAGGAAGCUGGGUUGAAUGGAAAAUCUUCUUUUACGUUUGCAAGGACAAGAAUGGAUUAUUGCAGAAAGAAACCAUUCGAGCUUGUUACACUGGUGACCUUUUUGAGCAGAUGGAGCAGGAGAGAGCUUGCGAAAAAAAGCGUAAUUGAUUAAGAAAAUAGCAUAAAUGUUCCAUAGUGCAAGCAUGAUGGUUUAAAGAUGGUGUGUCAUGUUGUCAGACUCUCAUGGUUGUCUAGUGCGCCGAUUUAUUUUAUCUUAGAAUUCGAAAAGAAAAAAAAAAUGUAUCUGAUCAGAUGGGUAUUAUUAUUGUAUCAUUGAUUUUAUUAACCUUAAGUGUGUGUGUUUUUCUUUCUUAA